AUGGCAGAGAUUUCUCCUGAAAAGAAAUCCGGUUGUGGCCUGUUAAGUGCUGUUUUCGGCGGCAGAGGUCUAUGGCCUCGAAAACCCGACAAUUCGGCCAGGAAUCCGACCCCGUCGGCCCACAAAACCCAGACCGACGAGCAGGAUCAGAAACAAGGAGACCGCAUCAUAGCCCGGCCAGGCCCGAACCACUCGAAAUCUCCCCCUGUCUAUUACAACCAGCAUCAGGGCCCGCAUGCAUACAACCAAACCCAGCCCAAGAACGAAAUGGGCUACGUGCAGGGCCGAAAGCUCCCACAGGCCGCGCUGGGGCUGUCGGGCGAGCUCGACGGCAUGAUCGCCGAUCACCAGAAGUCGAAGGGGGCAGGGAAUUUGGUCCGGGCCUCGUCUGGCAACGUCAUGUUGUUCAGCAAUCUCGGCAACUUGAGAGGGCCGGGGAGUUCGGACACCUACACAAAGGAGGUGCACGGGCAGAUUUUGGGCAACGAGGAUUACAAGAAUGGGAGGUUUGCCGAGGCCGUGGCUCUCUAUGAUGCGGCUAUCUCCAUUGAUCCAAACAAGGCCUCUUACCGAAGCAAUAAAAGCGCGGCACUAACUGCCUUGGGGAAGCUUCUCGAGGCGGCCUUUGAAUGUCGGGAGGCUAUCCGAAUCGACCCUUUUUACCAUCGUGCUCAUAAUAGAUUGGCGACUCUUUACGUCAGAUUGGGAGAACCCGAAAAGGCCAUGUACCAUUUCAAACAAGCGGGAUCGGAUGCGGAUCCGGAUGCUAUGAACAAGGCUAAAAAGGUCCAAUUCCAUUUACACAAGUGCACCGAGGCAAAGAGUCAUCGAGAUUGGAACGCGCUUUUAAAGGAAACCGAGUUUUCGAUUGCAGCUGGUGCUGAUUCUGCGCCGUUGAUAUUAGCUUUGAAAGCUGAGGCCUUGCUGAAGCUCAACAGGCACCAAGACGCAAUCGAUGCCAUUGCCAACGGUCCGAAUUUCGACAUCGAUGAAUGCAUGAAAUUCUUUGGUCCUAUUGGGAGUGCAUCACUCUUGGUCAUUCGUGCUCAACUCGAUAUGAUCGAAGGGAGGUUUGAUGAUGCUAUAACAGCAGUACAACGCGCAUCACGGCUGGACCCCAACAACCGAGAGGCAAAUGCAGUCCUACACAAAACGAGAGCUGUUGCUACUGCCCGGGCCAAUGGCAACGAUCUCUUCAAGGCAUCUAGAUUCCAAGAGGCAUGCAACGCGUACGGUGAAGGACUAAACCACGACCAAUACAAUGCGGUUCUAUUGUGUAACCGAGCUGCAUGCCGCUCCAAACUCAGCCAGUACGAAAAGGCAGUCGAGGACUGCAAUUCUGCAUUAAACGUUCGCCCGUCUUACACCAAAGCAAGAUUGAGACGUGCCGAUUGCAAUGCCAAGAUGGAGAAGUGGACGGCUUGCUUACAAGAUUGCGAGGUGUUGAUGAGGGAAAAUCCGGAGGAUGAAGAGGUUUGUCGGAUGAUGAAUGAGGCGAAGCAACAGCUACUACUACGUUAG